AUGUCUGGUGUAAAGAGCGGGAGGUAUCCGUGCGAAGAGUGUGGCAAGGUGUACACGCUGCCCGGGAACCUCAAGAGACAUGCAGAGGUGCACAGUUUGGGUCCCUUCAUGUGCGACAACUGCGGCAAGACCUUUGUGCAGAGACGCCUGCUGGCCCUGCACACCAAGAGGCAGGCCUGCUUCCGUGCCUCCCGUGGGCGCUUUGGGGUGACCAGCAUCCCCCGGCCCUUCAAGUGUGAGGAGUGUGGCCGCAACUUCUCCAAAGCUGAGUCGCUGGCGGCACACAUGGCCCUGCAUGUCACAGGUGGCACCAUCGUGUGUGAGGUGUGCAACAAACUGUUCUCCAGCAACCACCAGCUCAAACGCCACCGCGUCACACACACCGGUGCCAGGGACUUCCUGUGCAGACGGUGUGGCCGGACAUACACACAGCGUGGGGACCUCAAUAAGCACAUCAAUGCGGCACACGGAGGUGUGGUGGACAGCGAGUAUAAGGAGGAGGAAGAGGAGGAAGAGAAGCCGCUGGCGGUGCCCCUCGUCCACUUCAGCGACAAGCGGAAGCACUACCGCUCCACGGGCAGCCUGAGGAAGUACCGGUGUGAGGAGUGUGGGAGUAGCUUCAGCCGCCGUGAUGUACUCAUCAAGCACUACACCACACACUCCUGCACCAAGCCCUACCAGUGUGAGGAGUGUGGCAAGGUGUUUGCCCGGAAGGACAUUCUGGCCACACACACCCUCCGCCACAUCAAGGUGCGGGCGCUCACCUGCGAUGACUGUGGGGCGGUGUUCUGGGACAAGACGGCUCUGCGGCAGCAUGUCGUGACCCACCUGCCCCCGGAGUUCAAGUGUGAGGUCUGCAGUAAGGAGUUCCGAGCCAAGGUGUCCCUGGAGAACCACCUGCGGCGGCACUGGGGUGUUAAGGAGUUUGUCUGCGCUCACUGUGGCAAGGAGUUUCUGAUCAAAGCUUCCCUCAGCCGACACAUCCGCUCCUUUCAUAAGACCUAG